CCAUUUAUCUUCAGUCAUCCAUCGUGUGACACAUUGGAUUAGACAAUGGGAAAACAUGAAGUUGGCACACCUAAAUACAUUGCCAAUAAAAUUAAGGCAAAAGGCUUACAGAAGCUCCGCUGGUACUGUCAGAUGUGUCAGAAGCAGUGCAGAGACGAGAAUGGUUUCAAGUGUCACAUGAUGUCAGAGUCUCACCAGCGACAGCUGCUGCUUUUUGCUGACAAUGCUGACAAAUACAUUGAUGAAUUUUCGAAAGAAUUCUGUGAUGGUUACUUAGAAUUACUGAAACGACAGUUUGGAACAAAGCGUGUUCAUGCAAAUCGUGUGUACCAGGACUACAUUUCUGAACGUCAUCAUCUUCACAUGAACUCUACUCAGUGGGAAACACUUACAGAUUUUGUGAAGUGGUUAGGGCGUGAAGGCAAAUGUGUUGUGGAUGAAACUGAGAAAGGUUGGUAUGUGCAGUAUAUUGAUAGAGACCCAGAAACUAUUGCCCUGCAAGAAGCAAUGAUGAAAAAGGAAAAAAUGGAUAAAGAUGAUCAAGAAAAAAUGAUGGAAUUUUUGCAGAAGCAAAUUGAAAGAGGAAGAGACUGUUCAAAGCCAGUAUCCAGUAUCUAUACAGAAUUUGUCCGACAAAAUGAGGAAGAGAAAUUGAAAUUAAAUCUGAACCUCGUUAACUUGAAGAAGAAAGAUGAUGUUAAAACUGAAUUUAAAAUGCCGCUUUUACCAGGAAACAUUGUAGGGUCUGAACAAAGUAAAAAGAGGUCUCUGAAUGAUACUGCUAGUGAAUCUGAGAAAAAAAAGGUAAUGAAAGAAAAAGCCAAAGCAUCUGCAUUGGAUGCUAUUAUUAAUGAAGAGGAGGCGAAAAAGGAAAAGCUCAACAGGAAGGAUUAUUGGUUGACGAAAGACAUUGUAGUCAAAAUUAUUACAAAAUCUCUAGGUGACAAAUAUUACAAGAAAAAAGGAGUAAUUGUAGAAGUUAUUGACAAGUAUGUAGCUGUUGUUUCUGUGUUUGAAACGGGGCACAGGCUUAAAUUAGACCAAGCACAUUUAGAAACUGUUAUUCCUGCUGUUGGUCGUAAAGUGAGAGUUGUGAAUGGUGCAUAUAGAGGUUGUGAGGCAGUUCUGAAACAUCUUGACGAGAAAAAUUUUUGUGUUAGUGUUGAAGUGGCAUCUGGUCCAUUGAAAGGUCGAAUUGUGGAGGGAGUUCAGUAUGAAGAUAUAAGCAAAAUUCAUGUACCAUCUUAACCUGACCCACUUAUUACUCUGUGACCAUAAUGUAAGCUGUCAUAAUUGUUUGUAGAAAUGAUAAAUUUUUUCUAUGUUGAUGUAUAAAACAUUAUUUUGCAUAUAAUUUAGGAAAUGAAAACACUGAUUGUAUGAGAUAGAAGAGAAAUAUAUCUUUAUUCACCAUUGAAAAUUAA